CAAACUUGGCUUCUCUCCUUCCAUCCUCAAACCCUCAAACCUAGAAACUGAGUGGACUCCAUUCUCACCGGCGGGCAUCGAAGCAAAGCAGAGAUGGGAAUCCACGACGGGGUUGAGAAUGGCGUAACGAACGAAGCAGCGAAGGAGAAGCGGAAGGGGAAGCACGACAAACCAAAGCCAUGGGACGAAGACCCUAACAUCGACCGCUGGAAGAUCGAUAAGUUCGAUCCUUCGUGGAACGAAGGCGGCAUGCUUGAAGUGAGUUCCUUCUCCACUCUCUUCCCUCAGUACCGCGAAAAGUACCUCCAAGAAGCGUGGCCAAUCAUCAAAUCCUCUCUCAAACAAUUCGGCGUUGCAUGCGAACUCAACUUGGUUGAGGGUUCCAUGACCGUUUCUACUACCAGGAAAACUAGAGAUCCUUAUAUUAUCAUCAAAGCUAGGGAUCUUAUCAAGCUUCUCUCACGAAGUGUUCCUGCUCCUCAGGCAAUCAAAAUUCUUGACGAUGAAAUGCAAUGCGAUAUCAUUAAAAUCAGUGGAUUCGUUCGCAAUAAGGAGCGAUUUGUAAAAAGAAGACAGCAUCUUGUGGGUCCCAAUUCUUCCACCUUGAAGGCUCUUGAAAUACUCACUGGCUGCUACAUUCUCGUCCAGGGAAACACAGUUGCUGCUAUGGGCUCAUUCAAAGGCCUGAAGCAAGUCAGAAGGAUUGUUGAAGAAUGCAUGCUGAAUAAAAUGCAUCCUGUAUACAACAUCAAGAUUCUUAUGAUGAAGAAGGAACUUGAAAAGGAUCCAGCACUUGCCCAUGAGAACUGGGAUAGAUUUCUUCCAAAAUUCAAGAAGAAAAACAUUAAGCAAAAGAAGGUUAACACUAAGCAGAAGAAACCAUAUACACCUUUCCCUCCACCUCAACAGCCCAGUAAGAUUGAUAUACAAUUGGAAACUGGAGAAUACUUUUUAAGUGACAAAAGGAAAUCAGCGAAGAAAUGGCAAGAGAAGCUGGACAAGCAGGCUGAAAAAACUGCUGAAAACCAAAGGAGAAGAGAAGAGGCCUUUAUCCCACCCCAGGAACCUGCAAGACUGAUGGAUAAAUCUGAGGAUGCUAAUAAUAAUAAUGUAGCUGACAUGGCGAUGUCCUUAAAGAAAAAAGCAAAGAAGCUUGGGAAGCGUAAAUCUGAAGAAAAUAUAAAUGCCGAGACAUACAUCAUAGGAUCAUCAGAACAGGCAUCAGGAAAGAAAUCCAAGAAGCAAAGGUCUUAGCGCCAUCUUCAUUUUGGAGAUGGAAGAUGAGCCAUGUGAUACGAUUUCAAUCAAAGAUCUUUUUGUAUCCAAUGUCUUUUGGCAACAGUUUUGACAUCAGUAUAUGAGGCUUUUUGUUCAUUCCAUUUGUCAUGGAGACGAGAUCGCAUUGUGUAUCUUACUGGUACUUACCAAUUAGACUGUAGCAUGUAAACUUCGGCAAAUAUUAUUUGGUUCCAU